AUGGGACACACUUGCAUUUCAUGGGUGCUUCCAGUCUCCAUCGUGCUGGUCGCGGCGUCGGCACAGCAGGAUUGCACAUACCUGAUCUGUCCAAGCGGACAUACUCCGAAGCUUCGAGUGACUCCUCCACUAUGCAAAGGGCAGUGCAACGUUGCCGUCGACUUGUACACGUGCUGCGACCAGCUUUGCAGCGACUUUAGCUGCCAGGGUGCGUCUGAGCUCAAGGAAAAUUCUUCGGAGAUCGUCUGCCGCGGACAAUGCGACAAGUUGAGGGAUAGGUCGCGGUGUUGCGACAUGCUUCCAGCCCAAGAUGAGCGCCUGCAGCUUCUCCGGGCUUCGGUGGCCGGCAAGGCAAGCCAAGUGGAUCGCCUGGUGUCCAUGUCAGUCGACACGCAUCGGACCCUUCCUGGUGGUACGGGGGCGUUGCAUUUCGCUGCACUUCACGGACACACUCAAAACAUGAGGCGAUUGAUCGAUGGCCGAGGCGACGUGAAUGCACUGGACGCACUCGGCUGGGCUCCACUGCACCUGGCUGCUGGCGCAGGUCGGGUCGGUGCCAUGAACUUGCUCAUCGACUCUCGGGCCAUUCCCGAUUUACGUUCCGGAGACGGUUUGGAACCUUUGGAUGUUGCCCGCCUUGCUGCGCAGUCGCCGCGGGUUGGCCAGGGUCAGAAGGAUCUCGCCGUCCUGUUGGCUCGUCGGGUUCGAGCAUGGAGAGAUGAGUUGAACCUCACUCAAAGUUCGUGA